AACUAAAACUAAAUGCUAAAAAAAGUUUUAAAUUAUAGUUUGAAAAAGUAAAAGAAAAACGUAAAUGCAACACCAACAUCACCAGCAGCAGCAAGCAAGCAAUUUUAGUAAUGCUGAAACACUGUUGAAAAAUUAAAAGUGCACUACUAAUCAGAAAUUCUUUAAUAAAUAAAGCUGCAGCUGUAAACAAAGAGAAACUGAAUAACCAACUAUAAUUAUCAUCUUUAACUAACAGCCAAAAUAUAAAACAUAAACAAAACUAGUUCAAUAAUUCAACAAACUUUUCUACUUAUUCUAUGCACACUCUUGUUUGGUUUCGAUUUUAUUUUUAUCAUCACUAAUGCCAUUGAUUCCGAUAUAUAAUAAAAUACAUUUUCGAGAACUUUCCUAAACUAUCAAAAACUAGAGCAAAUAUUAUUUCGUGGAAUUUGAUGUUUUAAUUUUUUUUCUGGGUAAUGACACAUAAUGGCUGGUAGCCUUCAAAGGCCACCCUUCAAAAUUAUUCCCAAAAAUAAAUGCAACAUUACUAAAGAUAAAUCAAUAAUAAAAUAUCAAAAACUACGUUUACUACGUUCGAAAGGGAGUCGUCAGCUGAAGAACAACAACAACAACAUCAACUGCACUAAUAGCAGUUACCAAAAAAACCCACAGCUAUUAUAUCAACUGCUAAAACAGCAGAAAAAUUGUCAAAGUUUGUCUUUGGGUAAGUUGCUCUUGUUGUUGCCCUCGUCGUUGUCAUCAUUAUCUAAUGACAGUUGUUGGACAGCAACUAAAAACAAAAAGUAUUAUAAAAAUUUAACAACAAUAACAACAGCAGCAAUAAUAAACUAUGUACAACAACAAGUACAGCAACAACAGCAGCAGCAAAAGCGUAAUCAACAGCAACAAAAGUUUCAACAACAACAACAAUUGCAACUACAAUUAUUACAAAUUCUCAACAAAGUUUUUAAAUCAUCAAAGUUUCGUAAAAAUCUGCUAAAUCGCAAAAAAUUGCCAUUAACGCAAUUUAAAGAAAAAUUACUAUUCUAUAGGAAAAAACCAAUUGCAUGAGAAAUUGUUUUAUUUUAAGACCAACGCCAAUUAUAGUUUCCAACAAUCCUCCCCAUCCAUUAACUAUAAUAAAUCAAAAGAACAUUUAUUACAGUGUUCUGAUGCUCUCUAUUGGAAACUGGGUCUGGAGAAAUUUUUUUGCUUGCAAAGUAGACGUUUGGUCUAUAUAACUAAAAUGUAAACAAGUACAACGAUCUAAGCUGUUUUUUUUUAGUAAAAAACGUUUAUUUACACCAGACAAACAAAUAAGUGUUGUUGCAAUAAAAAAAAAAAAACAAAAACAAAAGAGAAACAAAUUAACGAAAAAAAUCUGAGAAACUUAACUUUUUACUUUAAUUUGGAAGAUCAUUGGAAAAUAAUUGAUUACAAGAAGCAGAAAGGAAAAAAUGAAACAUUCAAAUAUUUUUAUACACAAAGACAUGAUGGAAUUUGGUUAAUAAGUUUGAAUUUUUGUUUGGCUACAAAAGAAUUAUAACAAUUAUUAAAACAAAAGUUAAAGUAGAUUUUAUAAAAACAAAACUCUCAACUAUUUUCUUCAAAAAAAUAAAUCAACAAAUCUUAAACUCCCAACAUUAAAAGAAAUAAAUCCCAACUUUACGAAACUUAUUUAUUAAGAAACCAACUACUAAGAUCACUAAAAUCUUUUAGAAACUUAAAACAAAACUUUUCCUAUAAAAAAACCACACACAACCGGAAAAAUUCUAAAAAAAUUCCGAACAUAUUUCAUAUAGAAACUUGACAAAACGAGUGCCACAUUGGGUCACUCAGGGCGGCGAAGGCAACGGCGCUCAUUGAUAAACGUGCUGGGGCCAUGGAGCCGCCUGGCGGUGUACCGCCAGAUAGAGAUCGUCAAUUGGUUUUAAAACAGAUGGUAACAUUUCAUGAACGUCCCGAGGGUAGUUUAUGUGGUAAAGCCAUAACGACAACAGCACAACAACCCAAUCCAGCGUUUGCUACAACAGCAACGACUUACUCGGCAACAACACAAGCGGCCACAGCAUUUAGUGGCAGUUCCAUUGGUCAUGCCCUGGUAAAACAUCAUGGUACAACAAAUCCUCUGCCAGGACAACAGCAACAAUCAAAUUCUUCGGGUUCAUCACCAUCACAACAUGGCAGUACAACAAGCAGCAGCAGUAGUAGUUCAACCACAUUGCAGUCAGCAACAUCGGCUGGUAGUGCGCAAAGUCAACAGCAAACGUUAGAGAAACUAUCAAGACCCAUGGCAUUUGAUAAGAUGGAAGCCCUGGUACGUGAAAUGCAAGAUCCGGAGCAUGGUGUGCCAGUAAGGCAACAGAAAAUGUUUCUUACUUCUAUACCUUAUGCUUUUAUGGGCUACGAUCUAAUUGAAUGGCUAAUGGAUCGCUUAUUAAUCGAAGAAUCAGAGGCCUUGAAUAUAGCCAAUCAAUUGUGUCUUCAUGGCUACUUUUUUCCCGUCAAUGAUUCGAAAACUCUUACCGUUAAGGAUGAUUCUUCACUCUAUCGUUUUCAGACACCUUACUAUUGGCCCUGGCAGCACAAGGCCCCCGAUAAUGUAGAGUAUGCCAUUUAUUUGGUUAAACGUUCUUUGCGCAAUAAGCAACGUCAUGCUCUUGAAGAUUAUGAAGUUGAUGCUUUGGCUUCGCUGCAUAAGAAUCUUAAAGGUAAAUGGGAAAUUAUAUCCAUGCAGGCGGAAGAGCAAGUACGUCUGGCCAAAGAACGCAAAAAAGGUGACAAAAUAGUGGGUGAUUCUCAAGAACGAGCCUAUUGGCGGGUACACCGUCCACCACCGGGACAAUUUACACCACUAGAACCAUGUCCUGUACCCUCCAGAGACCGGCAGGGUAGCAAGCAGAAUAAAAAGAAGACAGUAGAUGAUGUGCAAAGGGAAGUGGACUAUCUGAAGAAAUCUUUAAAUCGUACACGCAUGAAAAUGUCACAGGCCUGUGAAUCAUUGGUACUGUAUUCGGAAACCUUUUCGGAGUAUGAUUUCUUCUUGCAACCAGUAUUACCCUCAAAUCCUUGGGUUACUGAGGAUGUCACCUUCUGGCAACUGAACAAUACCUUUGUGGAUAUACCCACUGAGAAGAGAGUUAAACGUUGGGCCAUUUCGAUAGAGGAAUUGGUAUCGGAUCCCACGGGUCUGCAAGAAUUCACCACAUUUUUGGAGAAAGAAUACUCUCAUGAAAAUAUACGUUUCUGGAUAGCGGUCAAUCGCUUGAGAAGAUCGGCCCAUUCUCAAGUACCCAGAAAAGUACAAGAGAUUUAUGAGGAAUUCCUCAAGCCUGGUGCGCCCUGUGAAAUCAAUAUAGAUGGCAAAACCAUGGAAAGUGUUUUAAAGGGUCUUAAGAAUCCCUCCCGUUUUACUUUUGAUGCUGCCUCCGAACAUAUUUAUAUGCUGUUGCUGAAGAAAGAUUGUUACCCUCGCUUCAUACGUUCGGAUCAUUAUAAACGUUUAUUAGAGACGGGCAUACAACCGGCGCACAAAAAACGUUUCUUUAAUUUCGGUGGCGUUAGUGGUGCCAAAAAGAGAAUGACUGCCGCCUUGUCCAGCCAACCGAAUCUGGGUGGCAAUGAGAGUUCCAGCAAAAGUGCCAUGUCCUCGGGCAAUACAUUUAUAAUGACAAAUGCUCCACCACCGGGUAGUUUGGCUAGGCGACGCGGCAGUGACCGUAGUCUCAGCGGUUCGGCUCACAAGUUGGCGGUAAUUGGUGUCAAUAAGGACAACUCUUCCAAGGUGCCUCACUCGCAUUCGCAAAGUAAUCUUAGUGAGAUACCCUACAGUAGUGAAACUAUUUAUCGUGGUGACAUGCCUCCGCCACAAGAAUCUCAAGAGCCCAUUUGUUGUGUUGUGAAUACGCGUUCUUGUACACAAAAGGACCAUGGAAAUCUCCAUCUCAAUAGUAGUUUACCCUCACACCAAGAAACUCCCAAAUCAAAAGCGGCACGUUUAGAGACCACAGUUGAAACAGGAGGUAGUAGUGCUGUAUGCCCAUGGGAUAUACCAGAUGAUGUGCCACCAACAACACAGGCACCCAAACCAGCAAAUCUAACAACACCAGUGAAAUUGUCCAUAUGUCCCUGGGAACAAGAGGCUGAACCAGUGCCAGCCAUUAAAACCAGUGCACAAAGAUUAACUAGUACUUCUUCGGAUAAUACUGAAGUAUCGGAACGUUUGCAACGUAAUUUGGUUAUGCGUCAUCAAAAUACCGUAGAUAGUGGUGAAGCUGGCAUGAAACGUUUAAUACCAAAUUUCACAGAACAACGAAGAGCCUCAGUGUCUUUUACACCGGGUAGAAUUUCAGAGUUUCCGGCAGGACGACCGUCCACUUCUACUAAAACUUCAACUACACCUUCUCCUACGGUGGGCCUAAAACAAGGCGCCUUUCCAGCUCUGUUUGCUCCUUUGCAAGGUGCGCAGUAUGCAACGGCUGCUGUGGCAGCCUUGGGCAAUGUUAUGACCACCACCAAUAUUGUUACCAAAGAUCCUCCUUCUUCCUCUGAUGCUGAAGUGGAAGACGAAUUAAAUAAGUUGUCUCUAUCGGAACGUAAUAGCGAAUCUUCGGCAUCAGAAUUGCCAGUACUGCCGACACCAAAUCCAACACCAACACCACCUCCAACCACCAAAGUUACACCACCUGCGGUGGAAGAGCAAAUCCUUGUGACAGCCGAAACUCAAACACAACCCAUGAGCGAUAGUCCUCAUGAAAGUUCUCACAGUGAAUCCUCAGUGGCCAAUGAAGUUGAUGAAAAUAAUGCUGCCAAUGAAGGAGAUUUUGAGGCUGAGGUAGAUUCGGAAAUUCAAGAAGUUCAAAUAGAAUUGAUUGAGUCUACGGGUGGCUAUGAAAAGUUAUGUGAAAGUCAAGAGGAAGUUGAGGCAUCACCUCCCACCAUACAAAUCGAAGGGGAGGAGCAGGUGGAACCCUUGGAAAGAAUUGCUGGUGAAGAGUCCAUGAUAACGGAGGAUUCUGUUGGUAGGGAGACUAUAUCCAAAAGUCCUAGUACGGAAAUGGUCAUUUCGGCUAAACCUAGCCCUGAAACCGAAGUAGAAAUCACACUCACUGAAAGGCCUCACUCGGCUAGCGAACCACAAGAAAACCCAGACAAGGAACAAAACAUUGAAGAGGAAGAGGGUGAUGAAGUUUCUACUUCACCCACAAAACCAGCAGAUGCCUAUAGUACCCAUGAAGAACUUUCACCCACCACCGAUGAAUAUCAAGAAGGUUUACAGUUUGGAGAUGAUGGUAAAGACGAUUACGAUAUUGCCGAUUCCGAUUCCAAUGUGGGCUAUAUACCACCUGCACCAACACCAGCACCUUCUAUGGCGCCACUCGCUGAAAUGGACACCGAUACGGUAGAUGAUGAGUGUAGUGAAGAGUUCAAGCCCAAGGAGAGUCCUCAAACUGAAAAAUCUGCCAAAUUACCUGUAAGCAGUAUUCCAAAAUGCACCACCGAAGAAGUGAAAAAGAAGCGUAAAAAGCGUCAUUUGGAGUCAAAGAAAUCCGCCUCUGCAGAGGAAAAGGAUAAAGCAACAACAUCGACUGCAAUUACCAGUGUAGUGCAGGCGACAACAGCAGCAGCUGGUACAGGUAACGGAGGUGCAGCUGGCGCUGGUGGUGUCCAAGAAAGUAGUGCCAAAACUGAAGCGGACAUAACAACCGUCUGCCCCUGGGAGGAUGAAAAUGUUACCACCAGUGAUGGUACUUUUACCAAAACCUAUGCCACCCUUGGGUAUUUAUGAAUAAAACCCAAUCUAUUUCGUAACGUGGUCAAUAAACUAUUAAAACGUAAAACUUACAAAAAAUGACAUAAACAACUUAUAUUAUUAUUCUAUAUGCUAAAAACUAACUAAAUUUAAAACACACAAAGAAAAUAAAAACUCUUAGGUUUAUUGUAAUAAUUACUUGAAAACAAAAUAUAUAUAUUUAUUAAAACAAUAUAUAGAGACAACACUUUAAGAAAAAGGUUAUAACUUAAAAAUAAACAUUAAAUUUAGAACUUAGUGUGUGCAAAAAAUACUUAAAACCAAAAAAUAACUUAAAAGCAUGAGCAGAAAACGUAAAGUUAAAAGGAAUAUGCUUGAACGUGUUGAAAGGGAUUUUAAGGUUAAUAUGAAAGUUUUCGAGAAACUUCUUCAGCCUAAAAUUUAUUUUAUAAAGCCUAAAAGCAUGCUUCUCAAAUAUAAAAUAAAAGUUGUAUAUUUAAAUGUGUGACAUUCAGAAUGUUAGUUAUGGUAUUUUCUAUAGAACAUACUGUCAUACUUUUAAGAUAAUUAUCUUAAUGAAUAGAUCUCAAAUUUAAAUCGUUUCAAUUUCCAAUUCCUUGAAAAAUAUAUUUAUAAAUGCCUAAAAGUAUGUUACAAGGUGAAUUCCUUAAAAUGGUAACUGUUAUUGAGAAAAUCCUUAAACCUUCAGAAUCUAAAGUUUAGAUUAUUAAAGAAGAAUAUUUUAAAUGGCUAAUUGAUUAUAUCUUGAGUUCAUUUUCGCAAUUCUCAGAAAAAUAUAUACAAAUGCCUGAAAGUAUGCGCUUUAUUUAUUAUAUUUUAAAUGAACUAAACGAGAAAUAUUAUGUGGGACAUUUAGUUUUAUUUGCGAACACACUCUGUUUAUUUUCAAUAAAAAAUUAAUUUGACAAAUUAUUAAAAUUCAAGUUAAAAUCUAUAAUUUUUAGGAAAAUUUGUUAUAAAAUCCUAAAAGUAUACUUUGUGUUUUUCGAUAAAUUAAGCAAAUCUUGAACAUGAUUUUUCAAGCAAAAUAUUUCUUAUUAUUGUUACAAUGAAUCAAGAUUCAUUUAAUUUAGUAAAUCUUGGAAUGAAUGAAAUACUAAAAAAUGUCUCAAAAAUGUUGCAUACUUUAAGGUAUUUAAAGCAAUGGUUAUUCGGAAGCAACAAUAUAUUUUUAAUAAAAAAAAAACUGAUUUUUGUCUUUAUUAUGAAGAAAAUUAAAGCGAAAUCUGAUUUACAUUAGAAAUGUUAUAAUAUUCAUAAGAAUUCCUCUAAAACUAUGCUUUUCAUCAAAAUUUCUGAAGAGUUAUGGACAAAAAAAAAAAGAAUAAAAAUUUCAUGUUAAACUUAAAAUCUCUUUUACCUAAAGGUUAAAUAAUAAUUUAAU